AUUAUUAUUAAUUUCCAUAUAUAUGUUAAUCAUAUUAGGUAAUUUCGUAGUUAUUUUGUACAUUCCUAAUCAAUUUGGUAGUUAGUUUAAUACAAAGUAUAAUGCUCCUAGUGAUGACAACUUAUUUUUCUAAGGAUUUUAAGAAUCAUCAUAGUGUUGACACGUGACUACGAAAACAUGUUGUAAUGCUUCAGGAUUAAUAUAUAUGAGACUAGUCAAACCACUAAGAGGAUUUCCACGAUAUCCUGCUAUAUAUUAAUUGAGAAUUUUCUUAAAUGAUUUUUGAUUGUGUCACUCAUAGGUGAAGUUUCAAAAUAUUGUUAUAAUUUGAUUGGUUGUCGACUUUUAUUGACAAUUUAUUUUUAUCAGAUUUAAAAAGAAAUGGUAACUUUAGAAAACUAGAACCAAUUACUACAAGUUACCAAACAACACUAGUAAUAUUACAAUUUAUGGUAACUAAUGGCAGAAUUAUAGAAAUAAUAUACAAUGUUUCAUCAAUUUUUUUUUAUUUUUAUUAAUAAUUUAUCUACUACUAUAUAAAAGACUUUAAUAUAUUUUUAUAGAAAUAAAUAUAAUGGUUGUAAAUUCUUAUAUAAGGAAUUAGAUUUGUAUGUAAGGAAUUAUUUGAUAUUUUAUGUUUUUAAAAGCCCACACAUGAUUUUAAAUCAAUUAUAAAGAUUUUGAAAUUACUUAUAUACAUUUAAUUUUUUUUAUUACGGCUUACAAAUCAUUUUAUUAGAGUUUCUAAAUCAAUUAUAAGACUUUUAUUAAAUCUUUUAUAAAGGUUUAUAAAUUCAUUUAUAAGGCCUAUAUUUUUUUAUAAAAAAUUGUGUGUAAAUGCUUCUAAAUGAAUUUAUAACUGUAUAAAUGUAUAUUUAUAAUAAUUUAUAAAUCAUAUUGAAAUAUUCUUCACUUUUUAUUAUAUAUUAAAAAGUCAUUUAAGUGAGUUUUGGUUACUAUGUUUAUAGGUGAAAUUUUAAAUAUUAUUAUAGUGUUGUUGGGAUUUUAAUUUUGUUUAUAUUUAUCAAUUCUAAAAUAAAAAGUAAUUCUAAAAUCAACUAGCUUAAAAUUUUAUAUUGGAUUACCUUAAUAAGAUAUAAAAAAUUAUCUUUUAGUUGUAGAUUGUAUUAUAAGUCAUGUAAUCAAAGAUUUGUAUAUAAGGUGAACCACAAAAACUUAUAAAAUUAUAAAUAAUUGUUUUUAAAUGAUUAUAAAUACAUUUAUAACUCUAUAAAUGUAUAUUUAUAAGGAUUUAUAAAUCAUAUAAAAUUAUAUCACACUUUUUAUUAUCUAUUAAAAGAGAAUUUAUUUAAGUGAUUUUUUGGCUACACGUACUUUCAUAGGUAAAAACUUAAGAGAUUGUAAAAUUUUAGUAGUUGGUAAUUAUAAAAUUUAUUUUUUCCAGUGCUAAAAUAAAAACAUAAUGUUACAAUUAAUUAUCUGCAAUUUAUAGAUUUGAACACUUUUAUACCUUAUUCAUAUAAAAAUAAAAUGUAAUUGUUUUUAAUCAUAUGCAAAAGUUUUAUUUUUUUCAAAUCUUUUGAAAACACACAUAAAAGAAGAAUUAAAAAAAAACUAAAUUGAAAAUAAAUUGAAAAAAAUAAAACAAGUCAAAGAAACAUAGGCAAAAAAAAUCAGCAAAGUAUUCAUUUUUCACUUGUUAUAAAAGUCUCCAACUUUUUUCUUGGAACUACACGAAAAUACUUUUUCUAAGGCGGGGAUUUUUUUCAUUUUUCACGUGUUAAAACAAAAUAAAAAUAAUUCUACAACUAAUUAGCUGAACUAAUUUUAUUAUUACUUCUAUUUAAGAGAAAUAUUCUUAUUGACUUAGAUUAUAUUGUUGAACUAUCUUAAACUCACGGUUGUUCUGAAAAAUAUAUACUGCAAUUUUUUAUUAUCAAAAUAUUAAAAUUUAACUUUUAAAUUUCAAUAUUUUGUAAUUAUUAUUCAAAAAUGAUAAAAUUAGUAACAUAACAUAUAUUUUUCUAUAAUAUUACUAUUCACGAAAUUGCAGCAAACACCUGGUUAACAUUAUUUAGAUAUGUGGUUUUGUGAUAGUUUAUAAUAGGUGUAAUCGAUAUUAUUAUUAUUUUUAGUUUUGGUAAAGCAAAGUAUAAUUCCAUGAAUAUGUAUCCUAAAUCGUUGACAAAGGAUACGUUCAUCUUUAUUCAACGCCAUCCAAAGUCAUUAGUCAAUGUCACUGCUGAGAGACAGAGGCAGCCCAAACUCAAAGAUAAAGUUGUGGAUGCGUCAAUCUCCUCACCAUAGUCAUGUGUCAUGACUCAUGAUCUUAAUAGCUUAAACAUUGCCACAUCAGCAAUUCCCAAUCUCAAUUUCUAAUUGUGGUCAACUUCGAUCAGAAGCCGAGCCCGAAAUAAACCAUUAAGAAAAAAGCAGAAAAAAAACAAAAAAAAAAAGAAAAAAAUUAACAAAAGAGAUAUCAAUGGAGUCUCGGUUCGGUCUUGUAGAGUACUUGUACUCCCUCUUCCUUUAGUUCUUCGAUACGUUAUCGUUCCGUGAAGAAGGAGUCGGAUUUGGUGGUAAGAAGAUGUGGAGCGGUGGGGAGAAGAAAGGUUUCUCUGUGAACCCUAAAGACUAUAAGCUAAUGGAAGAAGUUGGGUAUGGUGCUAGUGCUGUUGUCCAUCGAGCAAUUUAUCUUCCUACCAAACAAGUCGUCGCUAUCAAGUGUUUGGAUCUCGAUCGCUGCAACUCCAAUCUGGAUGAUAUAAGGAGGGAAGCGCAGACCAUGAGUUUGAUAGAUCACCCCAACGUUAUAAAGUCGUUUUGUUCGUUUGCUGUUGACCAUCACCUCUGGGUCGUCAUGCCGUUCAUGGCCCAGGGCUCUUGCUUGCACCUCAUGAAGGCAGCAUAUCCAGAUGGGUUUGAAGAGUCUGCUAUAUGUUCUAUGUUGAAAGAAACACUUAAAGCUCUUGAUUAUCUUCAUAGACAAGGGCAUAUUCACCGGGAUGUUAAGGCUGGAAACAUACUUCUUGACAACACUGGGGAGGUUAAGCUAGGUGAUUUUGGUGUCUCUGCGUGCUUGUUUGACAGUGGAGAUAGGCAACGUGCAAGAAACACAUUUGUUGGUACCCCAUGCUGGAUGGCUCCCGAAGUCUUGCAGCCAGGAAGUGGAUACAAUUCCAAGGCUGAUAUCUGGUCUUUUGGAAUAACUGCUCUGGAGUUGGCUCAUGGUCAUGCACCUUUCUCCAAAUAUCCCCCCAUGAAGGUACUAUUAAUGACUAUUCAAAAUGCGCCGCCUGGCCUUGAUUAUGACCGUGACAAAAAGUUCUCAAAGUCCUUUAAAGAGAUGGUAGCAUUGUGUCUGGUGAAAGAUCAAACAAAAAGGCCAACCGCUGAAAAGUUGUUGAAACACUCAUUUUUCAAGAACGCAAAGCCUCCAGAGAUUUGUGUCAAAAAGUUGUUUGCUGAUUUGCCACCUCUCUGGACACGAGUAAAAACUCUUGAGGCCAAGGACGCUGCACAGCUUGCUUUGAAAGGAAUUGCCUCUGCUGACCAGGAAGCUAUAUCACAGAGUGAAUACCAAAGAGGAGUAAGUGCGUGGAAUUUCAAUGUUGAAGAUUUGAAAGAACAAGCAUCUUUGCUAGAUGAUGAUGACAGUCUAGCAGAGAGUAGGGAAGAAGAUGAACUUUGUGGCGAACAGUUGCAUAAUAAUAACAUUAAAGCAAAGGAAAAAAAAUUGAAUCCUGAGGUGGAAGAAAAAACUGCUUCUUCUGCUGAACAAACAACACCUAGUCCCAAGUGUAACGUUCCACAGGGAAAGGCUGAGCCAGUGAGACGCCAGACUCAAAGUGGACCACUUUCACCCGGUACUUUGUUAACUAAUUCGGAUUCAGACAAGGGCCAUGGUUACUAUUUAAGGCCUGAGAGUGAACGCCAGCCAGCACCAUCAGCCCAGAGGGCACCCAGCUUUAGUGGUCCACUGAAUCUUCCAAACCGUGCUUCAGCAAACAGUUUUUCAGCUCCUAUCAAAUCUUCUGGAGGCUUCCGUGAUUCUAUGGAUGACAAGUCGAAGCCUAAUGUGGUUCAAAUCAAAGGAAGAUUUCAAGUAACAUCAGAAAACUUAGAUCUUGCAAGGGCAUCCCCUCUCAGAAAAUCUGCCAGUGUUGGGAACUGGAUACUCGAAUCUAAAAUGCCAACGGGUCAGCCCAUCAAGGAGUUAAGUAAUCCUGUGUCUCCCUCAUUCAUCAUGCCUCAACUUCAAAAUCUGCUUCAGCAGAAUUUAAUACAACAGGAUCUUAUUAUUAAGCUACUGAAUAGCUUACAAGCUAGUGAAGCAACAGAUGCUUCGCAAAAUGAAAAGUUGCCACCUUUGCCUCGAGGAUCUGACAGCAAUGCCGUUAUUGAGCUAACGUCUUCCGAGAGGGAAAGGCUACUACUUAACAAGAUGUCUGAAAUUCGGGCUAGGAUGAAAGAGUUGACAGAAGAACUUGAAGAAGAGAAAUCAAAAGACACCCGACUGCAGCAGAAAUUGAAAUCAGUUACUUGUCAAUUGUAGCCUGGGGCCAGAACACUGAGCUACUCAGAAGUGAAGUAUAUUUUGUAUACUAGAGAAGUAGCAGAGGAGGACAUAUUUGGUUCUGUUUUGUGUGAAGAAGCAGACAUCAUCGGCCAUAUAGAGAAUAAAUGGAGAAGAAAGCUCCUUGUCAUACUGUAUUUGGGUAAAACUUAUAUUAAUUAUAUUAGUAACUAAUAUAAUAGGCUCUUUGUUUUCGUGGAUUGUAAAUGAAACUUAGUUGAGUUUUCAACUUAGUUACAUGUACUUGUAUUGUAUCCACCAGAUUCAUUUAGUAAUAAUCUCAUCUAGUGAUAUAUAAACAUAUUUGUUCAAAAA